AUGAGUAUGAAUGAGACGAUUCAAAGUUCCAUUACAGACGCAAAUACAUCGACAAUAUUUGUCGAGAAAUUAUUUCAAAGAAUAACCCUUGGCUGUAUCCUUUCUAGUUUAUCAAUAUUUACUGUAUGCGGAAAUAUUUUAGUACUAUAUGCUAUACAAACAGAAAAAAAUUUACGAACAGUAUCAAAUCUAUUUAUUCUCAGUUUAGCAUUAGCUGAUUUAUCUGUUGGUCUAUUUGUUAUGCCUUUAAGUGCAGCUAACAUAAUUGCUGGUCGAUGGCCAUUUUCAUCUGUUAUAUGCAAAAUGUGGCUAUCCAUUGAUUAUGUUGCAAGCACUGCAAGCAUAUUUAAUCUUGUUUUGCUCAGUCUUGAUCGUUAUUGGGCUGUUGUUUAUCCGUUACGAUAUCUACAGAAACGUACACGUCGACGAGCAACUAUAUUUAUUUUACUUGUUUGGUUUAUAUCAUCAUUAUGGGCUCCGGCUGUUAUAUUUUGGUCAACUGUAGCUCCUCAAUAUAGCGACAUAAUUCGAAGCAACGAAUGUGAUACAUCAUUUCGUUCUAAUAAAACAUUUAAAACAUUGACAGCUUUAGUUAAUUUUUAUGUUCCUCUAUUAACUAUGAUUAUUGUGUCAUUUCGUAUAAUGGUUGCUAUACGUUCACGUUCAAAAAUGGAAUUUGGUCGACGAUUAUCAUCAGCAACACAAAAACAAAUGAGACAAGAUCAUAUCUAUAAAGUAUCAUCAUUAACUAGUGAAAAUCAAGCUACAUUUAAACUCCCUAAUGCCAAUAAGUCCUUAUUAUCGCCAGUAAUUUUUUCCAAUCCAUUUAAUCCACCUAAUCCUGACUAUCAAUCUGUUUCUAUUAAUACAACUGCUAAUAAUAAUUUGACACAAUCGAUUGAGCCAGGCCAAUGUUUUUGUUCGACCUGCCAACCCAGAAAUGGAAAUGAUAAUGAUAGCCUUUGGAAAGUUCAACCAACACCAACAAAAGAUUCUCAUUAUUCGCCAAUACACAAACGUUUUUCAUUAGCUCAAAUAAAACCAUUAUCAAUGAUAUUUUUACCAAGAAGACACAUAAAAGAAAAUAAAGAUCGUAAAAAUUUAGACCUAUCUAAACUUACAUCCGAUAAUGACAGUACAAUAACUAAACAUUCAUCACGUGAAUUACGUCGUAUGAAAUAUUCAAUGCUUAUAUAUGCACAGAAAAACUCGAAGAAGUUAUUAUCACCAACAUCAAAAAACUCACCAAUUAAACGAUCAACAUCAAGAACAUCGAUGGCAUCAAGCUUUUCAGAUGAAUUUUCUGAAACAACAUUUAUUAAUCCAAUAGAACAUCAACGAAAAUUAAAACCAAUGCCAAAUACCACUAUGAAAAUAUCAACAGCAGUUGAUGAUUUACAAAAAACAAACUCUUCUUCUAAAGUAAUUGCAACAACAACACCAGGCACUGAUUCCAUAACUACAUUAAUAAAUGAUUCAUCGACAAGUUCACCUAUCGAUAGUUCAACUAAAAUGAAUUUUUCUUUUUUCACUACACUUAUUAAUCCAAGUCGCUCGCAUUCAUUACAAAAAGAACUUAAAGCAGCUAGACAACUGGGAAUGCUCGUUGGCGUAUUUACUGUUUCAUGGUUGCCAUAUUUUAUUCUGUUUUUAGUUGUCGCUUGGUGUAAUGAUUGUGUAUCAGACGAAAUAUUUACAGCAUCUAUAUGGCUUGGUUAUCUCAAUUCAACAUUUAAUCCAUUAAUAUAUCCAUUAUGUAAUGCACAUUUUCGUCUGGCUUUUCAAAAAAUUUGUUAUUGUAACCAUGAGAAAAAGAAACUACCUAAUUUAGGUGCUUUAAAAGAGCUUCACGCUUUACAUUCAAUGAGACGACAGCGACGAUAA